UAAUUUAUAUUCUAUUCUAUAUAUAUCAAGUUAUGUAAAUAUAUUCUUUAGGUAUAUUAGAAACAUUUAAAACGAUACUCAUUUUACUUUACCAGAACCAUUUAUAUUAUUUGCAAAUAUGAUGCCCGGGAGAAUUGGUCACUUGCCUAUUGCUUCUGAAAACCCGUUAGGCUUAUCAUGGCAUGAUUCUUCUUGGAUUCCGUCGUUAAACCCAUCAAAUAUUAUGGAUUAUUUUUCUGAAAGAUCGAACCCGUUUUUUGACCGCACAUGCAAUAAUGAAGUCGUAAAAAUGCAACGUCUCAGUAUGGAUCAGUUGCAGAAUAUGACAGGACUUGAAUACAUAUUGUUACAUGUACAGGAACCUAUCCUUUAUGUUAUUCGUAAACAACAUCGACACAGCCCUGUUCAAACCAUUCCACUCGCUGAUUACUAUAUCAUUGCAGGAAUUGUUUAUCAAGCCCCUGAUUUGGCCAGUGUUUUGAACUCACGAUUGUUAUCAGCAGUUCAUCAUCUACAAUGUUCAUUUGAAGAAACUAUGACGUACUCCAAGUAUCACCCAAGUAAAGGAUAUUGGUGGGACUUCAAAGCAAACAAGUCUGGUCCUUUUAAUAUGGGACAAUCUGCCCCAAAGGAAGUUACAAGUACACCUAAAGAAGAGCCCUCAACAUUGUUUCAAAGACAAAGGGUGGACAUGCUAUUAGCUGAAUUAGUGCGACAAUUUCCUUUACCAGUGACUCAAACUACAAUAAACCAGAAUGGUGUUACAGUGAAGACUGAAAAUACAAAUGAUAAGAAUUCAGAGAAAGAAGCAGGUGGCACUUUAAAUAACAUAACAAUUAAACAAGAACCAUUGGAUCCCAUCAGUUCAGACAUGACAAAUGGUAAUAUGCAAGGUCAUAUGGAAAUUAAAACUGAGAUUAAACAAGAGAACAUGAAACCUCCUCCAGAAAAAAAAUCUAGAAUAUAAGAAAAAAUAUUUAGAUAAAUAAAAUUAUUAGAAAUAAUUCAUUCUAUGUGAU